UAAACGACUUGUAGUUGUCAAAAGCAAACCCCAAAAAAGGCCACUGAUCCGAACCCGUUCAUUACCUGUCCAGAGGUGCUAGCCUGCACUCCUGCCAUUGAAGAAGUUUCGAGAGCAGUUAACCGGAGAGCUGACCUUUGAGAAGAUCUCGCUCCGCGUCAUGCGCACGUUAGCAGCCCAGCUCACUUCUUAUUUCUGUAGAAGAAAGCCUGGAUGGAAUGUGCAAUCUCGCAAUUUCUCAUCAUUAAAUGCAAAAGAUGAGCUCUCCAUUGAGCAGGAUGCUGAAAGAAAGAUAGGAUGGUUAUUGAAAAUAAUCUUUGCUGGGACUGCGUCUGCAGUUGGUUAUCAGUUAUUUCCUUACUUGGGAGAAAAUUUGAUGCAACAGUCUGUGUCACUCUUGCACGUCAAGGAUCCGUUGUUUAAGAGAAUGGGUGCAUCUAGAUUAGCUCGGUUUGCAAUAGAUGAUGAAAGGAGGAUGAAAAUAGUAGAGAUUGGUGGGGAUAAAGAGCUCUUAAAUAUGUUGGGGGCUGCUAAAGACGACCGCACACGAAAGGAAGCAUUGAAGGCCCUUGCUGCACUCUCACACUCAGAUGAAGCUGCUAGAGCUUUGCACCAUGCUGGGGCAAUCUCAGUUAUUAGGUGUAUCCCAGAUUCCUCUGGGGAUGCAGAAGUUGAGAAACACAAGUCAAGCCUAUUGAAGAGAUUCCAAGAUCUGAGAGAUGAUGUUUCAUCUUGAGAUGUAAUUAGGGUACCAACCUUUAACUUGAAGGCUUCAAACACAAUUGGUAAGUCAAAAAAGCACAUUUGUAUGUGCAUGGAUCUCAUUUUUGUGAGAAUAGGUAGAAUGUGUCCUGUAUCUUUGUGCACAGCGAUUCCUUGCAUCUGUUCAUCGUCCAAGUGGAUCAUACUUUGUUGGUUUAAAUUUUGGAACAACAUUCCUUAUAUUGUAUCAUGUAUUCUCUGGAAUGUUUCAUCUUUCUCUAGGUUGACAAUUUGAGGGAGAUAUAAAUCUUUUCGUCCUGUUAAUUUACUUAAAAUAUGCCAAACAUCUC